AUGGGACAUUUUGGUGUAGACAAGACCUUAGCCGUGCUGGUGGAUCACUUCUUCUGGCCGCACUUAAAGAAAGAUGUGGAGAAGUUCUGCUCUCGAUGCAUCACAUGUCGCAAGGCUAAAUCCAGGUUACAUCCACACGGUUUAUACACUCCAUUACCUAUCCCUAACGCCCCUUGGGUAAAUAUUUCGAUGGAUUUUGUAAUAGGUUUGCCUAAGAUCAGGCACAAAGACUCCAUUUUUGUUGUGGUGGAUCGGUUUUCCAAGAUGGCACACUUCAUCCCUUGUGCCAAGGUGAAUGAUGCUACACAAACAGCCGACUUAUUCUUCAAAGAGGUGAGGAGCUCUAAACUUUCACCGAGAGGAGAUGGGCCGUUUCGUGUUCUCGAGAAGAUCAACGACAAUGCCUAUAAGCUGGAAUUGCCAAGUGAGUUUAACAUUUCACAUAGCUUUAAUGUCGCUGAUCUAUCUCCCUUUGAUGUUGAGGAAACAGUUUUGAGGGCAAAACCUCUUGAAGAGGGCGGGAAUGAUGAGGUCAUCGACCCGAUCCAAACCCAAACCGAGCUACCAACACUCAUAGAAGCACCCAUGACACGCUCAAAGACCAGGAGCUUACGUGAGAAGUUCAACCUUGCUGUGGAGAGCAUCUUAGACGCUCCAGAACAAGACCUUACCGACAUAAGACAUCAAGGUAUGAUUCCUUUUUCAGGUCAAGGAACUCAGGAUCUCAACAAUGCCGUGGAACUCAAGCUUGUACCGGAGCAAGGUAAAGAAACUAAAGAUGGAGAAGAUCGAAGCUAA